ACCACUCGUUGAUGCAUAGGGCGAAGUGAUACUACACCGGCCCCUUUCUCUGCUCUUCUUCGGUAAAUUAGAAGCGAAUGUCUUUCGUCGGCUUCCGUAGGACCUGGUGACGUACAAUGCAAGCGCCUUGAAGAUGCCGCGGAUGGCUGGGUUGGGGAAGAUCUUGUUCACGCCCUGGCAAAGGGGUGCUCCCGUAGCAGGGCAGUUGUUUGGCUGGCAUUUGGGCCGUUUUCUUCAAACCAGCCUUCCAUUGCUGACACCAAAGGAACUUCUGGUGAAGCUCAGGAAGAAAACUGGCUACUCAUUUGUGAACUGUAAGAAAGCUUUGGAGAAAUCUGGUGGUGACCUCAAAGAGGCUGAAACCUGGCUACAUGAGCAAGCCCAAAAGGAGGGAUGGAGCAAAGCUUCCAAACUGGAAGGCCGGAAGACCAAAGAAGGGCUCAUUGGGCUGCUGCAGGAGGGAAACUCGGCUGUGAUGGUAGAGGUGAACUGUGAGACUGAUUUUGUGGCCCGAAAUGCCAAGUUUCAAUAUCUGGUUCAACAAGCUGCAGUUGGAACAAUGCUGCAUUAUCAGGGGAUCAAGGACCAGCUAAGUACGUAUGCCAAGUACUUCUUGAAAUCUGAUGAGCUUUUUCAGCUCAAGGUGGGGCCUGAUGGAUCCUUGCUUAGCAACCAGCUGGCUCUGGCUAUUGGCAAGCUGGGAGAGAACAUGGUUAUUAAAAGGGCAGCAUGGGUAUCUGUGCCGGAGAACUUUUUCAUUGGCACUUACAUGCAUGGAGCGCUCUCGGAAAGAAAUCCAUUGCUUUCUCAUAUGAUGUUUGGCAAAUAUGGUGCCUUGGUGAUCUGCAGCCCCUCUGAGGAAGGCCAGAAAUUGAACUUCGCCGAGAUAGGAUGGAGGCUAGGCCAGCAUGUGGUGGGCAUGGCCCCCCUCUCCGUGGGCUCUCUAGAAGAUGAACCUGGUGGAGAUUCCGAAACAAAGAUGCUUGCCCAGCCGUACCUCCUGGACCCCACUGUUUCCUUGGGGCAGUAUAUUCAGCCCAUGGGCGUCUCUGUGCUAGACUUUGUGCGCUUUGAAUGCGGAGAACAUACAGAGUUGCCGGAAGCAGAAUAGACAGUAUUUACAAGUGACCUGUUCCAGCUGGUUGAAACUGAAUGAAAUUCCUGUUGGUUGGCCUUACAAUCCAAAUACUAAAUGUGAAGGAUAUGUGGCUGGCAAGUAAAGUAUGGCAAAUGGAUGUUGAUGUAAGAAAUAAAAAGUUUCUGAUGCUCAUCCUGGAGUGAUAGUACCAGCAAGGACGAGAACUGUGUCUAGUGAUUCAAACUGCUUGCAUGUAUUGUCUUUGUAAAAUGAAAGCCAGGACCUUUAGCUAAUAGCAAAUGGGAAUGGAGUGGGAGGAACCAUUUCUGCACAUUGCAAAGCCAAAUUCUGCAAAGCUGGUAUGAGUAGAAGACAUCUGGAAGUGACGCAUUAUCUAAAUAUUCAACUGGAAUUGCAGGAUGACCAAUACAGGAUCUAUAAUUAAUAACUGCUAUUAUAUUAAAUUAAUCAGAAACCAGAUAGUAGCAGAAGUAGUUAACAUUGAUUUAAUACUAAUUUAGAUUUUGUAUUGAUAUAGCAAAAUAGGAUCAUAGUGGGUUCAGUAAAGUUGGAAGGAUGGAUCUCAUUAAAUACCCCUGGCAAGGCAAGUUGGGAUUGGGUCCAUGGGCUAACUGGAGGGAUCUUGGAGAGUGGAGAAAGUCCUUGCUGAAGCCUUGAAAAACCCCUGCUCUAACUUGGGGCUUUAUCAGUGAUUGCUUACCUUUUUAAGCCCAUUUUCAGAAACUUGAGCUGUUUCUCUUAUAAACAUUAUGAAUUUGACAUUUCAUUAAAAGUCAAAUUCUAUGACUUCUUGUGGAGUUACGACCAUUUAGUAAGCCUAAGGUGAUAUUUCCAGAAGUAUCUGCUUCUCUCUCUUGGCUCUUCCCCCAGCAGACCACUCCUGGUAUUAAUAGCAGAAGGAGAUAGGAGUUGUUGAAAUACUCAUGGGGGGUGAGAAGUACUCAGACUAGAACGAUAACAGCUGCUUGUGCCAAUUCAGACAUCCGGAGGUCCAGCUUAGAAGGACCUUUUGUGCUAUUCUCUAAUCUAGUCUGCAAUACUUGGCUGGCCAUGUGUGGUAAAGGUGCCACUGUAAUGCCAAUGCAAUGUGAACAGAAGUGAAUAGCUGCUGCUUCCUGACACAAUCCCAAAGCAGCCUAGAGCAUGACUGUGGAAUACAACAGCGGCACCUGCAGCUUCCCAGUUAAUUCACCAGACAGCCCACUAGUUUUCAUUUGCAUGCCUGUAUUCUGUGGCUGAUGGCAACAUAAAACAGACAAUGCAUCUUUCUGGUCUAGGGCUGCAAGUCCUUCACAUUCCUGUCUCCCAUGCUGUGCAUGUGAUAGUCUACUGCAGAGCUGCAGACCGUUGGCGCUCCAGUUGUUGUUGGACUACAGUUCCCAUAAUUCCCAGCCAUAGUGGCCAAUAAGCAGGAAUUAUGGGAACUGUAAUCCAACACCUGCAGGAGAGCCGAAGUGCUGCAGCCUUGGUCUCCUGCAUUCUGGCAGCCCCUGUUAAUAGUGGGUCCAUACAGCACUGGUCUCCAUAGAUCAGUUGUGGGCUGCCUGUUUCAGCUGCCAUGGGAUGUAGUACAGGCUUGCAUGUUGCAACCAGCAUGAAAAGCCUAAAUGGAGCGCUGUAAGUAUUCAGUGCCUGAAAACAUCAACAUGCAUUGAUAAGGUAACUCAGACUUUGUAACCUAUAUUAAUUGGUGUAUUUUGUAAAAUCCUAACUUUGGAAAGGGCACUGGAAAUUCUGCUCAUGUUGCAAGGAGGUGGUUGUCCAUCCAACAUGUUUUCAAGUCUGUCUUUAGAGCUUUCCUGACUAACAAAGCGCCAGUGCAAUCAUGUGUUCCCGACUAAGGCUGUGGCUGAACAUGUCAUGCGGGCGGGUGGCUGAUUCCCCCUUCCUUUUGCAGCAGCUGCCUGUGCCUUCUGAAAAUGUGUUUCUGGGGCUCAGGGACAUAUUUUCAGAUGGUGCAGGCAACUGCAGAAGGAAAUGGGGGAGAAUCUUCCCCCACCCCACCCCGCCCCGUAUCCUGAGUCUGCAAUGCAGCACUGGCAUUUUGUUAGUCAGGAUGUCGGCUACUGAAAUAACCAACAAGCAUUAAACGAGCUACGGAGGGAACUGUUUGCUUAGAAACGUCUUCGUUAUGUUUUUGUUUUGGCCAUUGGCCGUAAAUAAAGUAUCGUUAUGUUUUUGUUUUGGCCAUUGGCCGUAAAUAAAGUAUCUAGUUAUGUUUGUA